AUGAAAUAUGAGCGUCCUCCUCGCCCUUGGGCCCUCUCCUCCCUCAUCUCCUACAUCCUCAUAGACGCUAUCAAGAGACGACUCUCUGCUGAUCGCGGUGUUGUCGAGCAUCAUGAAUACGACGAGAAGGCUGAGCAUAGAGGACAGCACCCUCGCGACUAUGUUGGUGAUGCGACGGUUAUGAAUCACCGAGAAGACGAUGAUCGUGCUGAGGAAGCCAAGGGCAGAAAUUCUGAUCAGAUUAGUGGAAAGUAUUGGCUCUCUGCCAACUACAUUGGUACCAUGUUCGCCAUCGGUAUGGCGUUUAUGGGUGGCAUUGGAGGUGAGCAUUACUUCACGAUGUACGAGAGUUAUAUGACUGUGACAUCUGAGGCAGGUUUCGGUCUUGUUGCACCAAUUCUUGGAGCUAUCGAUGCAGACAUCGGCCCUUCGCCUAAUAUAAACUGGGUCCCGCUCGUUAACAUCUGCGGUGGUGCUGUGUUCUUCUUAAUGCUUGGCAAACUCUCCGAUAUCUUUGGUCGACGAUGGUUCUUUAUCUUCGGAUCUUUCCUCGGACUUAGGGGUUCUUUGACUGCCUCCAUCUCAGGCUAUUUUCGCUUUGUGCUCGUGACUUCCUUUAUGUUCUACACUGCGAUGUUCUAA